AUGCGAGCGGUCGGGAUGGAGCUGCUUGUCACUCUCCUCUUGAGCUUCAUCCUCGCACAUCCUGCAGCAAGUCAGACGCUCUCAUGCACCAAGAAGAUGAAGCUCCGCGACAUCAUCGCCACUUCAGACCUACUCGAAGCCUCCGACAGCCUCGGGGAACUCGUCAAGUGCUUGAAGAUCGCGGUAGCCAAGGACAAGACAUCCUCUCAGCUAUGGCGGCGGUUGUCCUCUGCUGUCGUGAGAUACGAUGCUGUCGAGGCCUUGCGGCUCAUCGAGGAUGGUCUGGCUGCUGUCGAGCAGGCGAACGCCCCGGGCUCGGUUGGCCUGUGGGCCAUGAAGGCAGAAUUCCUUGACAAGCUCGGAUCGGACGAGCAAGCAGAGGCAGCAUACAAGGAGACCAGAGCGUUGCUUCCACAGUCAGACCUGACAUGCUACAAUCUUGGCUUCUUCUACAUGACCAGGAACAGGUAUGAUGAGGCUCUUGCCGCCUUUCUUGAGGCUGCGAAGCUCAACCCAAGAUCGGGACGGAAUGCUGAGGCUGUUGGAGCAGUCUACUUCGGCAACGGGAUGGAGGAGGAGGCGCUUCCAUGGAUGAGAAAAGCUGUCGAGCUCUCACCCGAUGAACCCAAUGCGAGGAUGAACCUUGCGAAUGCGCUGGGGAAAUUAGAGAAGUCAAACGAGGCUGUGCAAGCAUACAUGAAUGUGUUGAGGUUGGAUCCCACCAACGAGGACGCCGCCUGCAAGUACGCUUAUUUCAGUAUCCAGAACCCCCCGCACGCAGUUCACGACGGGAAGUACCGGAAGAUGUUCGUCGACUCGUCGGAGGCGCUGAGAGAGAUCAACCCGCUGUCGGACGAGGAGGCAGCAAAGAUGAUCCGAGACGACCAAAUCGACAUCCUCGUUGACUUGAUGGGAUACACGCACGGGGCGCGGGAGGGGUUGCUUGCAAUGAAACCAGGGCGCGUGCAACUCGGCUUCAAGGGCUACAUGAGCACGACAGGAGGAGAUUUUCUAUCCCACCUGGUCUCUGAUGCAGUUAGUGUACCUCCUGAGCUUGCUGUCUUUUACUCCGAGAAACAGCUGCAGCUCGGAAUGCUUUUCUCGUCCUCCACUCAUGCUAUCAAUCACCCGGAGAUGCUGUCCUCCAGUCUGAUCUCCCGUAAGGAAGCUGGUCUACCCGACAAGAUGUUUAUCUUCGCAUGCUUCAACACGCUCUACAAGAUAACUCCAACACUCUUCCUUGCAUGGCUCAAGAUCCUCAAGAACGUCCCCAAGAGGUUUCAGAUCCCCAGCCCAUUUGCAGUUGACAGCUCGCAGUGUCCUCUGGUUGCUCGAAGAACCGGCAGACGCGAAGGCACACUUAUGCAACUUUGCACGCGAAAGAGGAGGUUGAAGGAGGAGGCGCUGGUGGUGAUGGUGGUGGUGGUGGUGGUGGAGGAGGACGAGGAAGAAGAGGAGGACGAGGACUCAUCAAAAGUUCCCCUUGAGAAACAUCUGCAGGUGAAGGCGAACGCAGACUUGUUUCUCGACACACCCAUGUACAACGCUCACUCAACAGCCGCCGACGCCUUAUGGGCAGGCGUUCCCGUCCUCACGCUUGCGCGAGAGAAGAUGGCCGCACGAGUGGGAGCCUCACUUGCUCUCAGCCUGCACAUGCCUGAACUCAUCGUCAGGAACAUGGAGGAGUAUGUGAGCGUAGCGACCUUGCUGGCUAGGAGGAGGCGGAAACUGCAAAGAAUCAGAGAGAAGCUUCUCAGGAUGCGGAAGGAUAACAAGGUCCUGGCAUGCGCGGGAGGAAGUGACAGGAGGUGA